ACGUGCUAAUGUCAAUGACGUCGAUCGUACACUGGGUACGCUGUGUCGCUUGGGUGGAUAGUAUAGUUACAUCAACAUUAAAGGGAAUAAAAUGCCGCGGAUUCAUGUAAAUAGAGACUUCGCUUCAGCGCUGAUAAUUAAUGUUUCUUAAUUAACACGGGUCACCUCUGGAGCCGGUAGUGGCAGGCCUAUUUUCGGUGUUUAUCAGCAAUAUUUCAGGGAGAGGAGUGUCGUCAUCCUCACCACAGCAGCUGGGGGGGAAGUUUGUCACUUUAGUCCCCGUUGAACAAAUGACGAACUGAGAACCAUCUCAACCUCAAGCGUCUCCGCAGCACCCGCUCGUUGAAGGAGUCGACCACGUUGCCUCGCCACACUGGACAGAGAAAUGUGUCUGUGCGUGUCCUCGAGUGCAUGACCGCAUCUCAGUGUUUUGUGGCUGCACUUCCUCUCUCACCUUCCGAGAGGCACUUCUGCACUUGACUGACUGCAACAUUUGUCUUCAUCACAACAAAGCAUCAUGGGUAGGAAAAAGAUUCAGAUCCAAAGGAUCACCGAUGAAAGGAACAAGCAGGUGACAUUCACAAAGCGAAAGUUUGGUUUGAUGAAGAAAGCCUACGAGCUGAGUGUAUUGUGUGACUGCGAGAUUGCCCUGAUCAUCUUCAACCAUGCGAACAAGCUGUUCCAGUAUGCCAGUACUGACAUGGACAAGGUCCUGCUCAAAUACACAGAGUACAAUGAGCCGCAUGAGAGCCGGACCAAUGCCGAUAUCAUUGAGACUUUGAGAAAGAAAGGCUUCAACGGCUGUGACAGCCCAGAGCCAGACGGCGAAGACUCGAUCGACCAAAGUCCCCUUAAUGAUGACAAAUACCGGAAAACCACAGAGGACCUGGAUGUUCUCUUCAAACGCUACGGACAGUCAACAGCUCCGCCUCAGACGUUCUCCAUGCCGGUCACCGUCCAGGCGUCCAAUCAAAGCACACUGCAGUUCAGCAACCCUGGCAGCGCACUGGUAACUACCUCCUAUGUAACAUCAUCGUCGCUCACGGAUACCCACCUCCUGUCGCCACAGCAACCGGCUCUUCAGAGAAAUACGGUGUCUCCUGGGUUGCCACAGCGACCAGCCAGUGCAGGCGCUCUUCUUGGAGGCGACCUGAAUAAUUCAAAUGGAGGAUGUCCAAGUCCAGUCCCUAAUGGAUACACCAGUGCCAGGGCCUCCCCAGGCCUCCUCACCGUUUCCAACGGCAACAGUCUGGGGAAAGUAGUUCCGGCCAAGUCUCCACCCCCACCUCCGAGCCCCCAGAUGGUCAACAGCCGCAAGCCAGACCUCCGAGUCAUCACCUCACAGGGCGGAAAGAGCCUCAUGCAGAUGACAGAGGAUGAGCUGGAAUUGGUAAACGAGAACGCCCAGCGGCUGGCAGCUGGAGCUCAAACUCUCACCACGCCAGUGGUCUCUGUAGCCACACCGAGCCUCCUGGCACAGGGGCUGCCCUUCUCCGCCAUGCCUACAGCGUACAACACAGAGUACCAGCUGACCAGCGCGGACAUCACUGCUCUACACGCUCUGGCGUCACCAGGAGGCUUGCUGCCCACCGGCGUGUCCACAUGGCAGCAGCAGACGGUUUCCCAGCCAAGUCAGCAGCAGCAGCAACAGCAAACACAGCAGCAGCUUAACUUAGCAUCACUCAGCAACUUGGUCAUGUGGGGCGUGGACAAACAGAGCAGCGAGCUGUCUAGCCAGGUGUCCAGUCUGGCUGCCAAUCUGAGUGUUGGCUCUCCGUCCAACCUGCUCUUGGGUAGAGAUGAGUGGUUGGGCCGGCCGGUGACCAACAUCCCUCAAGGCGCCAUGCUGACCGUCAACACAAACUCCGGCGUGAGCAUCAAAUCGGAGCCCAUCUCGCCCGGCCGGGAUCGCAGCACCCCUUGCCCUCCUCCGUCUACCACGCCAUCCUCGACCUCAGGAGGUACCAUCCUGACUGCUCCGCCUCAAUACCCCGGCUCCCUGCUAUGCCUGGAGCCCCCGACCGGCCGCUCGCCCGCAGACAGCGUAAGCAGCAACGCCAGCUCCUUCGAAGGCAGCGACCGCGACGACGCUGGAGCGGCCGGAGGUGGCACUGCAGGUGCGGGAGGAGGAGGCGGUGGGGCCGGCGGUGGAGGUGGAGGUGGCAGCUCGGCAGGUCCCACCAGCCGGUCCGUGCCGCCCGACUUCAGCCCGUCGGCCGAGCUCCUCAGGGCGUCGAACGAACAAGACCAGGAAGGAGGAAACAUCAAGCGCAUGAGAUUGGAUGCCUGGGUCACAUAAAGGCACCAACACCUCCUCUCUGCACCCACAGUGAAGUUUUGGUGACUCCCACAACACGCACCCACACUCAUUCUUAGUCCCACCACCACUGCCCCGACCCCACUGUCAUGUGACACUAUCAUCACACACAGUUAUAUUACUCAGCUACGUCACCCAGAGGCUUUGCCAAAAACCCCAUUAAAAACAAGCAUAAAAAUCCUGAUGGACGGCUCCGAGCUCAGCUGGAUAUUUUAGCCCCUCGGAUGGAGGGACAGUAGAUUUUUAAAGCCUUCUUGCUUGAAUGGACUCCCACAUAUUGAUAUUUUUCUUUUUCUUCUUUGGUAGAAAUACGUUGUUUAAAGUGAAACCACGAAACAAACAUUUCUCUUUCACACGGUUUCCGUAUCGCCUCCAUGUAUUUACAUCGACCUCCUUUCAUUUUAAUACAAUGUGACUCGUGGCCUGUCGACAUUACGGGACUAAUGCCGCACGACUCGCCACUUCCUGCUCUCCAGAAUCCAGCGUUUAUUUAGGCUGCGUGCUGUCGAUUCUCCUGUAAGGCACUUCCAAACUGCACUAAAGGAAAUAACUUUAUCUGGACAAAGACUGAGCAAUUUUUGGCACUGACCAAAACAGACUCAAGCAAAGGUCUUUCUAGGUAACAAUAUUUCUGCGUCAAAGGAUUUAUUUUAUUUUUAUUUUUUUUUUGCCUCUGCUGCCACGACCUCAUGCAACCAGGCAGGCCCCGAGCCCCUCAGGUGGCACUCUGCAGCUGUGUGAGUCGAGCACCUCGCCAGAGUGCCAAUAUCAACUUCUCUUUGAGAUUUAAAUAAAAGAAGAGAAACAAACAAAAUGCCAAAUGCCCCUGUUCUCUAUAGGGACAUGCUAUCGCUCGCACUGUCGUGAAACAUUGAAUUGUAUUGGCGGUCACUUUGUUCACAGACUGGGGUGCUCCUCCCGUCCUCUCACCUCAUCUCCUCUGGAACUCGGAUGGAAAUCCAGCCGGUUACUCAGCUUAUUAGCAGGAGUAGAUGCCAUCCAAGUGAAAUUCAAUAGUAAGAGUUUUUUGAGCCUCUGUUGGCUCUUUUUUUUUUUUUUUUUAAUUUGAUUUGAUUUGAUUUUUUUGGAGUAGGGAAGUAUUUGGUUCUCUAAGUCCAAGUGUUCUCUAUCUGUUGGUAUUUUAAAACUCUGUUAGUCGUCCAGAAGUAGGAAUUCCGACUUUGUAUAAAAAUCACUCCUUAUACAAAAAAAAGCUUUGAUGUCCUCUUUAGCUCUCUAUAGCUCUCCUUAGCUCUUUGCCGUGUUUCGAAAAAGUGAAAGGAAAAAGACAUUUUUCUAUAUUUCUACCGCUUCAGUUGGCGACAAAGUAAAAAUAGCUUUUCGGCUUCAACGACGUGUAUGUACAUAUGAAUAUAUUUGCAUAGACUUUGCUAGGUAUCCCUAAAAACAAGCAAUGUGUUGAUUCUCAGUGGAUCUGUUUGCAUAUAUGAGUGUGCAUUUGAUAUGUUUUGAGAUACAGGUGCAGGGGUUACGCCACGCUGGGUGGUGCUGGCGGAUCGGACGUGUUUCAAGUAAACCUAUUUUAUUCUAGUGUCGAUGGUGUGUGCACUUUCCGUCUCUCACUCACAGAGGCCUGCUUGGUUGUGGUGUCAUCAUAUUCGCUUGCCACAGUUCUUCUUCUUUCUUUCUUUUGAAGAAAAGAACCCACGAUCAAAGAAAGAAUCCUACACCGUGACAUAAACUUAUUAUCAGGACACUGCCGUUCACUUCUAGCGUAGAGAGGUAAAAUACACUUUGACGGACUCGUGUAAAAUCUUUUCCACGUCACGGUAAGCUGACAAUUUCUUUUUUUUCCCAUCGGGAAAACCAAGUUUGACGUUUAAGUGUAGCUUUUCUUGAACAAAUCUGUUUUUCGUUGAACCAUUUCAAGUGUGUGUAUUGGUGUGUGAACCCAGGCUGUUUUUCGCUCUCAAUUACUUUACCUUUUUUUUCCCCUGGAGACGAUGCUCAAAGUGCAGACCGGCUGUUAUUUAAACAAUCCUACACCUUUCCGUCAGUGUAGGUGAGCAGCGUUUGACGCCGACUCUGGGUUCAUGCUGCGAGUCGGAAAAAGACAUUGGGGCCGCGUGGGAUUUUCUCCAAAAGACUGACGCGUCUAGCGGCGGCGUUGCUGAGGUAUUUCAUCGUCAUCAUCAUCAUCUUUCCUAGUAUGUGUGGAGGGUAGUUUUUCACUCCACUGAUUUCAGGUUAGCGCUGCUUUCCCCUCUCAGUCAGCCACGGUUAGCAAUUUAACAGCCAACACUUUCAAAGAGCGCUUAUUGGAGAAGUUUUUUUUAAAGGAAUACUUAUACAGUGAGUGGGAACGAGGAGAUCUGUGCUUUUACUUAUGUGGUCAGUAUGUACACAAAACACCAGCCAACACGCCUGAUGCUUACCUCUAAUGCUGCAUUUACAUUAUUUACAGCUGCAGAUUCAAACGUUAAAAUACAAAUUUCCCAAAAAUCACUAAAGAAAGUGAAUAAUGUGUGAUUCCCUCCAGAGUUUGUCAGAGUUGGGAAGUGAUGCAAGCAUGAAAGCUGUCAGUUAUCUUUAGUGUCUCUUAACCUUAUAAUGCCCUUAAUACAGGAGUUUCUGAGACCUCUAUCUCAUUAACAUGAUCAAUACUUGCCAUAAUUUUAAAAACUUAUGGACAAAACUCUUUUUUUUGGUCUAAAAUUAACAUUGUUGUUAACAAAAAAUUGCCAAAAACACCCAGUGCGUCAAAUGCGAUACAAAGAAAUAUAUAGCAAGUAUAUAAUCAAAAUAUAUCAUACACAACAUGAUAUAGCAAAAACAUUUUUUGUGGAUUUUGCUAUAAGGGUUAAUGAACAUCUCAGUUUGAAAAAAAUCAGAAUUUUCUGGCUGUUUUUUGAUGGGUUGGGUCUUACAGGGUUAAAAAAGGGUGCCCAUUUUUCUCCUUAUACACAAUAUGAGUCUAGAUUCGAUUGUUUGGGGACAAUUAGAGAUGUCACCAAUCAAAGCAUUUUACGUGUAUUAUUUAAGCAUCGGUCUAAAGUGCAGUAAAUCCCUGCAUCAGGACCCGGAGGAGAUCAGGAAUGAUACAGAUCCAUCCGCCGUGGCGACACCUUACAAUGAAAGGUUUGGUUUCCAGAUGAACUUUGAGGCUCUCCAAAGGCAUGAUAGUUAUUCAUUUAGAAUCCUAAUAUGUAUGCAAUAUCACAUUUCCAUGCUGAAACGACUAAAUGUGACCAGCUGUGGCAAAUUCCGAUGUCAGAGAGAAAAAUUCCAAGUGAGAAUCUUGAACCGUUUGCAGGCCUGUGUCACCAUUUGGAUAAUUUUUACACUUAAAAUCAAUUCAAUUAAAUUUGUCGUUUUUAUCCCCCGCUUGUAUAAAAUGUACAUACAUAAAUUUGGAUGUCUCCACCUGACACGUUUUGGUGUUAACGACCAUAAAGUCAGCUCGAGCUCAGUUAUGCGUCGUCUGCAUCCAUUUUCACAAUACUAUAAAAGUAUCGAGCUCAGGCAUUUACAUUACACAACUACAAGCCGCGGCACAUCUCAGAGUUGAGAUGUAAGAUCUCAAAAUUAAUGCAGCACUUUUUUAAAAAAAUUUUUUUAGUUAAAAUGACAGAGUGAGCUUUAGAGGUGCUGGCAGGCAGAGUGUGACCGCUGGACCGUCGUAUCGAGCCUCUUCUCCGGCCCAUCAAGAAAUUUCAAGAUGUCAAACUAUUCCUUUUGAACACUCGGGAUGCGUGUCCGCCUUCCUGCAGACAGAGCUAACGAUCUCCUCUCGUACCACCCGCUCAUUUCCACUUUUAGAAAAACUCACCUUCAGUGGCAUCUCUUCGUUUCUGUGGGCGCUGAUGUUUGACUGAAAUGUGACACCACACCGAUUGGCUUUGUUCAUGUACAAAAGGGAAAAAAAAGGUUCUCUGUCCAAUCUAGCAGUGUAGUCACAAGACAAUCUAUAUGAGAAAUGAAAACCUGCACCCCUGUUACUUGUUGUGUACAAUGUUUUUUAGAAUCUCACUAUUUUUGGAUUAAUUUGUGCUGGUGACAGUUCCAUUGUCUAUUAUUAUUAUUAUUAUUAUUAUUAUAAUGAUAUUAUUAUGGAGCUUUUAUUUUAUUGCUAUUUUUUGUGUAGGAUAGCCAACUGUUUUUAAUUUCCUCUUUCUUAUUUUUCUCUUCCGUAUCAUAAACAUAUAGUACUGGUUUCCUUUUUUGAGGCAACUUUGCUGACAAUUGCACGAUCAGUUAUUGUGGUAUUAGCAAAUGCAAUGAAGGAAAUACCAGUUAAAUGCUGCAGUUUUAAUUAAGAUACAGAAUAUAUUUAUAAAAACGGGAAACAACUGAAAUUAGUAAAAUCCUGAAAUUUGAAACAUGUAAAUGCAUGGGAUACAGGUAACAACGACAUAUGUUACGUACAGUAAUGAUAAGGACAUGCAUCAGAGAUGAGUUUUAAAGCAACUCAGAAUAAUGUAGCAUAUGAAAUACUAAAGAUGAAAUUUAUAGCUAAUAUAUUGUGUUGAGCUGGUCUGCUUUGGGUUUUGUUGUAAAGAAAAUAUUUCUUUUUUUGUUGUUUUUUUUUGAGAAUGAUAUACAGUUUGUGUAUAUUUUCAUAUACAAAGUAUGCACUGAUAUGUUAUUGAAAUUCUAUACCGCUUUUACAAAAAAGUGUUUGUUGUACCAAAGUAUCCAAGUCCCUUGAAACCUUAUCCUUUUUGCGUAUGUUUUACCGUAUUUUAUAUAUUAAAUAGACAAACUGAGUGAAAUGAA